UUGCAUGCUUUAAAUAUGUGUCAUAAAUAAAUAAAUAUUAAUAAAUAAGUUAAUGAUGCAGAGUUAUAAAAUAUUAUUGGAAAAUGUGUAAUUGUAAAAUCUCCUGAGCAAAAUGUAAAUGUAUUGAGUUAAUUGUGUUGCAAAGCGGAACGAUUGUUGUGAUGUUGCGACCCCACGGACAGUAAAUAAGGCAGAACAAGCAAGAGGGGAGGGUGCUUGAGCACGUUGUCUUCAGCUCCUCAAAAGAUUUAAGUGUAUUCGAUUAUUUGUACAAAACUUCAAGCAAGUGAUUAUUAGAACCUCUUUUCGUUACAAGCAGCCAACGAGUUCUCACGGCGUGUCGGCGUGUUGGCGUGUUGGCGUAUUGGCGUGGAUGGUGUGUACAGCAAGAAGGAGGAGUCAAUAAACGCCCGUUUUACAAAAAAGAACUUUCCUGUGUUGCCGUGUACCGAAAGGAGCUACAGUGAGAACUCGACUGCCUUCGCGGGUAGGAGAGACACGGGAUCAUACGCGCAUGCGAGCAACGGAGAUAACCUGCCUGUCAAUCAAGUCGAGUUUCAGGGCGUGUCCAAAGAGCCCCGCCAAAGCCGAGUGGUGGGAGAAGAGGCGUGCUUCUGGAAUUCACAAGGACUCAGGUUUAUCACUUUGCAAACGGUGCUUUGUAUGAAUGAAAAUUAUUAUGUUCACUUGCUGACAUUGUUGUACUGAAUGUGUUUAACUGGAAAUUAUUAGUCAAACCGUAAGGCAAAAUAGGAAGGCUUUAGGUUUCAACAGGAAGAGUGUGUAGUUUCAGUUUAUUCCACCAGGUGUCUCAGGCAUUUUAUGAGUUAAACCAAGAUUUGCAUGUGUCUGUUACUUAAGACAGCUAUAAGACAGGCAUUUUUUGAGUUUGACCAAGAUUGGUGAAUUUCCUGUUAAUUAAGCAAAGUGCAUUUUAAAUUAAUUAAAUAGGCCUACUAGUGAUUAAAAAAAAAAAAAUUAAGAAAGGGCUGAAUGUUAAUAAUUAAAAAUAGGCCCAAGUAACUUCUUCUUUAUUAAUAACUGUUUGCACAAGCUUGUAGGAAGCAUUUACAACAUUAACAAGAAAGUAAACAUUAUUCACGUUUAAAAAGUAGUCUACAUACUUAAAGAACUGUAGGUAUUUCAAAUUAUUAGCCUACUACCAAGUUAAAUUAAGCCUUCGUUGUGUAAAAACAUUGUCAAUUGACAAUCCUCAUAUUAUUUCAAUAUGUCUGACACAAACUCAAAGAUUACAGAACAGCACACAAACUCAUUAGCUCAGCCUGAGGUUAAUGCCCAAGCUGCAGAAGGAGAAGACACUGUGCGAAGAAGCGGAAGAACUCGAACCUUGACGGAAAAAGGUAAAGGACUUCAAGAAGAAAAAUUGAAAGGCGUACAUCGCAGAUACAAACUUGCAUAUGAGAAAUGGAAGUAUAAUGCAAAGGUAGCCAAAGAGUUGAUGAGUGAUGAAAUCUCAGAGGAAGAAUUAAACAAGUCGAUGGAUCAUCUACAAGCCACAUGUGCAGAUGUGAAGGCAGUAUAUGAGGAAUUCUGUCAAAUGCAAGCUCCUGAUGCAGAUGUGCGACGUAAAGUGGAUGCAUGUGUAUCGAUGUCUGAAUUCAUGAUUAAAAGAGCACAACAACUCAUUGAAGGUGAUGCUGCAGUGAAUGAAGAACAGUGGCCAGAUAUCGGCUCCAUUCUAAAUUCAUCAAUUCCAUCAUUAAAGUCUCUAUACCUUCGUUCGGAACACAACACUCACUUAAGUAAUCUUUCAGUCAAGAGAGAUGAUGCUGUGGCCGAAGCAGCUGCGGCCAAAGAGGUUUUGUCAGUGCUAAAAGAGCAAGACAAGGAAGUCACUGAACUUCAAAGACUGGAGGCUGAAGAGAAGCUACGUGCUGCACAAUUUGAGGCUGAAUCUCUAGCCAGACAACAGGCAAUGCAGAAUCAGCUCCGAAAGCUUGAGCGCUUAGAGGAAGUCAAGAAGCUGAAUGCAGCUAAGGCCCGAGUCAAGGUGUAUGACGAACUAAGUGACAAGUCCGAAGUCAUUAGUUUACUACAUAACAUCAAACAACCUGAUAAGGCACAAACCCUCAAUGCAUCAAGUCCUCCAUUCAUUCCUCAACAAGCUCAAGAGCCAAGUCAGCCCAACGUUCAAUCAGUCCCACAAGUUCCACCAAAUUUGCAGGUGCAAAGUCCUGAUUUAGCAACUGCUCUCGCUGAAGCCAUGAGUGCCAAUCGUCUCCCAACACCUGAACCUACAGUAUUCACGGGAGAUCCUAUAAAAUACAACGACUGGAAAUUGUCAUUUCAGAUACUGAUUGAUAGAAAAGGUAUUCCAAAAAAUGAAAAACUCUACUACUUGAGAAAGUAUCUAAGUGGUGCUGCAAGGAAGGCUGUUGAAGGACUCUUCCUGAUCGGCACAGAGGGAGCAUAUGACACUGCAUGGAAGCUGCUAGAGAAGCGCUUUGGAGACCCUUACGUAAUUGGGAAGUCCUUCAGAGAUAAGCUGCAUGCGUGGCCAAGAGUAAGCUCCAAAGAUGGAUGUGAACUGAGAGAACUUGCAGAUUUUCUCCAAAGCUGUGAGGCUGCAAUACCUCAUAUCAAGACAUUAGAGAUUCUCAAUGACUGCACUGAAAGUCAGAAGAUCUUGACAAAGCUCCCAGACUGGCUUGUGUCCAGAUGGAACCGUAAAGCUAUGAAAACCAGACAAGCAAAAGCUGAAUAUCCUUCUUUCAAAGAGUUUGUGAACUUCUUAUCAAAUGAAGCUGAUCUGGCAUGUGACCCCAUAUCCUCUGUACAAGCACUCAAGAGUAUACAGAAUGAGAAACCAAGACAGACAAGAACUGAAACCAUAAAGGCAAAAACGUUGUCAACAAAUACAACACAGAACACUGUCUCUUGUGUCUUCUGCAAGAAGUUUGGACACCAGCUGGAGAAGUGUAGAAAGUUUGCUGAAAUGACAAUCCUGGAUCGCAUCAAGUUUGUACAAGAAGAAAAACUUUGCUUUGGUUGUCUAAAGACUGGUCACCACUCUAGAAACUGUGAGGACAAAAGUAAGUGUGAUACCUGUCGAAGAAGACAUCCAACAUGCUUGCAUGAUGACAACUUUCAGAAAGGUUCUUCAUCAAAGAAAGUGGAGAGUGAUUCAAAUAAAGCACGAGGAACGGAGCAAAUCCCUGCAACUGCAACAGCAACUACCAAUAGAGUUGCCCAAGGCAAUCAAGGCUCACAUACAUCCUCAAUAGUACCAGUCUGGGUCUCUUCCUCAAAACAGCCUGAGAAUGAGAUCUUAACAUAUGCGUUGCUGGAUACGCAGAGUGACACAACAUUCAUCCUGGACCAAGUUGCUCAAGAGCUCAACACAAAGAAGGAGAAUGUCUGUCUACGGCUUUCCACAAUGUCAUCAGUCUCUACAGUCAUACCCUGUCAAAAAUUGUCUAACCUCCAAGUGAGAGGAUAUGACUUAGAAAAAAUGAUCUCAUUACCACCUCUCUUCUCACGUGAGUUCAUUCCUGCUGAGAGGUCUCACAUUCCCACUACAGAGACAGCCCAAAAAUGGCCUCAUCUUGAACCAUUGGUCCACAAGAUUCCUCCACAAUUGGAGUGCCAAGUCGGCCUACUAAUAGGCUAUAACUGCCAUCAAGCUCUUCUUCCCAGAGAAAUUCUAUGCGGAGAAGAAGGCCAUCCAUAUGGUCAGCGAACCGACCUUGGAUGGAGCAUUGUUGGCUGUACCAAGCUAACAACUGAGUUUGAAGACGCAAUUGGUGUGAGCCAUAGGGUCAUUGUACGACAAGUGACUCCUGCCGCACAACCUCUAAGUCGACUUAAAAAUGAAGUGCACUUUGUCUGCAGAAAUCAGGUCAAAGAGCUACGUCCUUCAGAAAUCAUUAAGAUGCUCGAAAUGGAUUUCACAGACCACUCAACAGACAACAAUCCAGUCUCUCAAGAAGAUCUUCUCUUCAUGUCACGAGUAAAAGAGGGGAUAAGACAGAAAAAAGAUGGACACUAUGAGCUACCACUACAGUUCAAGAAAGACAACCCAGCAGACCUUGCGUCUAAAGAAGCCAGUGCAGCCCAAUUGAAGGACUCAUGUUGGUUAAAGGGACCAGACUUCCUUAGGCAACCAAAUCUGUCAGUCAAACAAGUAAUAGUAAAAGUGGAUGACACUGACCCAGAACUGCGGAAAGCUCAUGUUCAUACCGUCAAAGCCGAAAACACAAACCCAUUGAUCAGCCGUCAUAGCAAGUUCUCAGCUUGGUCCAGAGCUGUGAAAGCUGUCGCCAGACUGAAGAAAUGCGUCAGGAGACGUAGUGGAGGUCAAGUAUGGACAGACCAAACUACAAAUCUUAAAGAAAGACGUAAAGCAGAGUUCUUCAUCAUCAAGCUCACACAAGAGGAAGCCUUUGCUGAUGACAUAAAGAAAAUCAAAUGCAAUGGAGCUGAAAAACUCGGCAAACGCAACAAGCUCUACCAGCUCAACGCUUACCUUGAUGCAAACAAUAUACUCAGGGUGGGAGGACGGUUGUCGCAGUCAGCCCUUCAUCAUGACGUGAAGCACCCUGCAAUAUUGCCAAGGAAAUCACACGUGUCAGACCUGAUUGUGAAAUAUCACCAUGAGCGUGUAGACCACCAAGGAAGAGGGAUGACAAUGAAUGAGAUACGCGCAAAUGGAAUAUGGAUUCUUGGAUGCGGAAGUAUUGUCUCCUCACACAUUUAUAAGUGCGUCCAAUGCAGAAGGUACAGGAGAACCACAGAAGUCCAACUGAACAGCCCAUCAAGGAACUCACAAAUGAACGACAUUGUGAUUUUAAAGGACGAGUGUACCCCAAGAAAUGAAUGGAAGCUCGCAACAGUAGUCGAAGCUCAGCCUGGAAGAGAUGGCAUGGUGCGCAAGCUGAAACUAGUGCUUAGUGAGACUUCUGUUGACAAGGGCAAACCUCAUACGCGACUGAUUAAUCUAGAAAGACCUAUUCAUAAAAUAGUCACAUUAGUAGAAGCCAAUUAAGACGCACACACAUACAGAUGAUUGAAACUGGUUUUGAUAAAAAUGGAAAAUCCCACAUUUCAGGUCAAUGAGUGAUUUGGUGGGAGUGUAGCUGUUGCUGAGAGUUUGCAUGCUUUAAAUAUGUGUCAUAAAUAAAUAAAUAUUAAUAAAUAAGUUAAUGAUGCAGAGUUAUAAAAUAUUAUUGGAAAAUGUGUAAUUGUAAAAUCUCCUGAGCAAAAUGUAAAUGUAUUGAGUUAAUUGUGUUGCAAAGCGGAACGAUUGUUGUGAUGUUGCGACCCCACGGACAGUAAAUAAGGCAGAACAAGCAAGAGGGGAGGGUGCUUGAGCACGUUGUCUUCAGCUCCUCAAAAGAUUUAAGUGUAUUCGAUUAUUUGUACAAAACUUCAAGCAAGUGAUUAUUAGAACCUCUUUUCGUUACAAGCAGCCAACGAGGUAUUGUAUUUUUGUAAUUUAAUUUCUUUCUGAAUGUUUAUUGAUGUGAAAUCAAAGUCUGAUGUAUUGUACUGUAUUUUGUAAGUUCUCACGGCGUGUCGGCGUGUCGGCGUGUUGGCGUGUUGGCGUAUUGGCGUGGAUGGUGUGUACAGCAAGAAGGAGGAGUCAAUA